AUGCCCAGGUGCCUCACCAGGGGCCUGGCUUCCUCCUUGGGCCCUGGCAGCACGGAUGCCGCCUUCCAGAUCCACAUCUGGGAUGUGCCCGGAGGCCUCUGCCAGCGGCUGCUCACCCACCACACCUCGACUGUGCAUGCCCUGGUGUUCUCGCUGGACGACAGGCUCCUUGUCUUGCUGGGAGAUUGUGGCAGCAGUACCCUGGCCCUGUGGAACACGGCCACCUACUUAUCUCCUGGAGCCGCAGCGUGCUGUGGCCUUCAGCCCCUGGGGCGGUCGCGAGCUCACGGAAGUGGGGCAGGAGAGGAGGGGUUCUGUUCGCUCUGCUAUGGGCCGGCACCCCUACUGUACUGUGGCUGCCACUCCGGCCAGAUCUGUGUGUGGGACAUGCAUGCCGGCCGUUGCUUCCUGGCCUGGGAGGCAGAUGACGGUGAAAUUGGGGUGCUGCUGUACUCGGGCAACAGGCUGCUGAGUGGUGGGAGCACAUGGAAGCUGUGCCUGUGGGCCGUGGGCACUGUGCCCAAGCUGAGACACAAGGGGUUGGGCACUAGAUCCAGUUGUGCGUUCAUGGAGCAUGAGCUGACCCUGGACAGGGCAGUCAGCUUUGAUGACAGCAUGGACAUGGGCAUCGUGGGCACUGCAGCAGGCAUGCUCUGGUACAUCAACUGGGACCAGGGCCCCAGCACCCAGCCCGUCAACGGUCAGCAGGGAGGGGUGAAUGAGGCGGUGUUCAGCCCCAGCGAGUCCCACUGUGCCACAUGCAGCAAGGACGGUAUCGUGCGGGUGUGGACACUGCCCACUAUGGAGCUGGUGAUCCAGUUCCAGGUGCUGAACCAGAUGUGCCCCCACCAUGCCUCAGUCACUGCUGUGGCCUUCUCUGUGGACGGUAAGGAUGACCGGGGGCAGCCUGAGCUGGCCACUGGGGUCAGCCACCCCCGCACGGGGGUCACCUUCCACAUGCUGAGUGACCACCAGGAAGCCCCAAUCUCUGCCCUGCAAAGCACCAGCUGUCAGGAUGGACUUUUUGGGGUGCAUGGCACAGACCUGUGGCUGGCAGUCAGUGGGGACUAGCAGGUCAGCGUCUGGGCCUCCGACUGGCUGGACCACUGUGAGCUGCUAGACUGGCUGAGCUUCCCGGCACUGGCCACCUUGAAAGCCCCCAGCCACCCGCCACCCACCCUGGCAGCCUUCUGCCCCAGGGACAGGGCCCUGCUGGCCUGUGUGGGCCUUGGUGCGCACACCGGGCUGGUGUUCUCCAGGCUCCGCCAUCAGCAGGUGUGUGGACCUGGUCCAGCCUGGGGGUAUGCAGUGGGAGCCCCUGCAGUGCUGGGGCCUCAGCUGCCUGUCCACAGGUGCUGGAGGGGAUCCCUCUGCCCACCGUCGCCAUCUCCCCGAGCCUAUCCCGCCGAGUCCACCUCAUGGCCGUCCGCCCAGCUGCUGAGUGCCCAGACCGCUGCCCAGAGAGGGCCUGGGGGACCCGGACCCCUCUGUUGGGCUGGUGCCCUGGGCCACAGCUGUGCCGUCCACCCACAGAGGGUGCCCUGA